CUGCUGGCUGGGCUGCCUGUUGAGUCAGCCUUCUUCCCUCACGGCUCUUCUCCCAGUCCCUGAAACUCGGCUGCCAGGGGAGCUGGAGCCACCUGCGAAGGUGUCCUCCCAUACUGGACCCCUACAGGAAGCUACGUGUGCCCAGCUGGGGCACAGCCCCAGCUGAUGCCCCAGAGGGGCCACCCAUCACAAGAGGGGCUUUGGGCUCUGCCCUCCCUCCCCAUGGCGCAUGGGCCAAAGCCUGAGACUGAAGGACUGUUGGACCUCAGCUUCCUGACAGAGGAGGAGCAGGAGGCCAUUGCUGGCGUCCUCCAACGAGAUGCCCGCCUGCGCCAGCUGGAGGAGGGGCGAGUCAGCAAGCUCCGGGCCUCACUGGCAGACCCUGGGCAGCUGAAGAUCCUGACAGGGGACUGGUUCCAGGAAGCACGCUCCCAGCGGCACCACAAUGCCCACUUCGGCUCUGACCUUGUCCGAGCGUCUAUGCGCAGGAAGAAGAGCGCCAGGGGAGACCAGGCUCCAGGCCGCGAUGGGGAGGCUGAGGCUGCUGUGAAAGAGAAGGAAGAGGGGCCAGAGCCCAGGCUCACCGUUGAUGAGGCCCCUCAGGAGAGGCUCAGGGAGACUGAGGUACCUGAUUUCCCAUCGCCUUCUGUCCCCCUAAAGGCUUCAGAUCCUGAGGAGGCGUCCCAGGCCCAGGAAGAUCCUGGCCAAGGAGACCAACAGGUCUGUGCCGAGGAGGCGGACCCGGAGCUGGAGCCCGCGUCGGGGGGAGAGCAGGAGCCGCGGCCCCCGCAAGCCCAGACCAAGGCCGCGUCCCAGAUCUUGGAGAACGGGGAGGAGGCCCCGGGGCCCGACCCCUCACUCGACCGCAUGCUCAGCAGCAGCUCCUCCGUGUCCAGCCUUAACUCCUCCACGCUGAGCGGCAGCCAGAUGAGCCUGUCAGGCGAGGCGGAGGCGGUGCAGGUCCGCGGCUCCGUGCACUUCGCGCUGCACUACGAGCCGGGCGCCGCCGAGCUGCGCGUGCACGUGAUCCAGUGCCAGGGCCUGGCCGCCGCCCGGCGCCGCCGCUCGGACCCCUACGUCAAAAGCUACCUCCUCCCGGAUAAGCAGAGCAAGCGCAAGACGGCGGUGAAGAAACGGAAUCAGAAUCCGGUUUUCAACGAGACUCUCCGGUACUCCGUCCCUCAGGCCGAGCUCCAGGGCCGCGUGCUGAGCCUGUCCGUGUGGCACCGCGAAAGCCUGGGUCGCAACAUCUUUCUGGGCGAAGUUGAAGUGCCCCUGGACACGUGGGACUGGGGCUCUGAGCCCACCUGGCUCCCCCUGCAGCCCCGGGUCCCACCCUCUCCCGACGACCUUCCGAGCCGCGGGUUACUCGCCCUGUCCAUCAAGUACGUCCCCGCCGGCUCCGAGGGCGCAGGACUGCCCCCGAGCGGGGAGCUGCACUUCUGGGUGAAAGAGGCUCGGGACCUCCUGCCGCUGCGGGCAGGAUCCCUGGACACUUACGUACAAUGCCUGGGCUUUCACCACUGAGCAGGGGUGAAGGGGACGGUUUGAGCAAAGGCCUGGAGUCAGGAAAGUUGAGGACACCUUUGAGGAGCUGCAUUUCAGCGUGACUGGCGCCUAUAGGACUUGUUGAAAAGCUGAGGCUGAGGUCUGCAAGUGUCCUUCCGUAGAGAACCUGGGAGGCCAGGCUGUGGGGCUUGGCCGGGAACUUAUAGUUCAGUGUAAGCUUCUAGGGGACUUCUAGGGGUGCCUCCAGGUGCUGCCCCCACUCUUAGAGAGUGAAAUGGAGGUGGGCGGGUCACUUCUGGGUGUCCACCCUGAUGCAGCCAGAGGCUGCAGUACAGAGGUACUGUACUUCUGAGCAACACUGUAUUUUGCAGAGGGGGUUCCCAGGCUUUGAAAACCUUGGAAACAGGCCAGGCACGGUGGCUUAUGCCUGUAAUCCCAGCACUUUAAGAGGCUGAGGCGGGUGGAUCACCUGAGGUCAGGAGUUCAAGACCAGCCUGACCAACAUGGUGAAACCCCGUCUCUAUUAAAAGUACAAGAAAUUAUCCGGCAGUGGUGGUGGGUGCCUGUAAUCCCAGCUACUUGAGAGACUGAGGCGGGAGAAUCACUCGAACCUGGAAGGCUGCAGUGAGCCAAGAUCACGCCACUGCACUCCAGCCUGGGCCACUGCACUCCAGCUGGGCAAAACAGAGCGAGACUCCGUCUCGAAAAAUAAAAAAAAAAACCUUGGAAACUGCUUGAGGAGGGGUGGUGGUGGAGCAACAGGGAGAUAAUAAAAGUCACUGAGCCGGUGAGAAUAGCAGAGCUGCAUUUCAGAGACAUUGUUCUGCAGCCCUGUGAAUAGGAGUUGCAACUUAUUAUUAUUUUUUUUAUUAUUAUUAUUAUUAUUUUUUUUUUUUUUUGAGACGGAGUCUCGCUCUGUUGCCUAGGCUGGAGUGCAGUGGCACCAUCUUGGAGCACUGCAAGCUCCGCCUCCCGGGUUCACGCCAUUCUCCUGCCUCAGCCUCCUGAGUAGCUGGGACUACAGGCGCCCGCUACCACGCCCAGCUAAUUUUUUUGUAUUUUUAGUAGAGACGGAGUUUCACCAUGUUAACCAGGAUGGUCUCAAUCUCCUGACCUCGUGAUCCGUCCGCCUCGGCCUCCCAAAGUGCUGGGAUUACAGGCAUGAGCCACCGCGCCCGGCUAUUAUUUUUUUUAAGAUGCAGUCUCGCUCUGUUGCCUAGGCUGGAGUGCAGUGGUGUGAUUUCAGCUCACUGCAGCCGCAGUCUCCUGGGCUCCAGCGAUUCUCCUGCCUCAGCCUCCCAAGUAGCUGGGAUUACAGGUGCAUGCCACCAUGCCCAGCUAAUUUUUGUAUUUUUAGUAGAGAUGGGGUUUCACCAUGUUGGCCAGGCUAGUCUCGAACUUCUGACCUCAGGUGAUCCACCCACCUCGGCCUCCCAAACUGCUGGGAUUACAGGCGUGAGCAACCUCACCCAGCCAGGAGUUGUAACUUUUAAAGCCAGGAGACCUGAGAGGAGGCUGGUGCAAAGUUCCCAGGGCAGUGAGGGUCUAAGGCCAGGCAGGCAGGAGCCAGGGGACAUGGACAUAUGUGAGGGAGAAUGAGUGGGACAUGGUGACUGGAUGACUCUAGGGAGUGUGAGGGGUGGUCACCUGAUGCCAGGCCACCUCCCGCACAGCUUCGUGCUGCCUGAUGACAGCCGGGCCAGCCGCCAGCGUACAAGGGUUGUGCGACGCAGCCUCAGCCCUGUGUUCAAUCACACCAUGGUGUACGAUGGCUUUGGGCCUGCUGACCUG